UUUUCUUGCCAUGUUUUCUGCCAGACAUGCUGAGUUUCUCCAGCACUUUGUUUUUGUUUCAUGGUUUCUAUUCCUAAUUUUAGUAAAAUGUGUUUAAAAAUGUUGUCUGGGAUGGAGAUUCAAGAUGGUGGCAGUCUGAAAAGUCUGCUGUGUUGGGCUGUGUGCCAUACCGCAGGCAAGGUGGGCUCCUACUCCUCCGCCCAACCCCUCACCCACAUCAGCCACCCCUGAGAAAAAUUGUCAGUAUAAAGCAGGCAGAACACCUACAACCUUUUUAAAUUUGGAUUUGGAGGUUUUGGAGUUGAGAUGAAGACAAAUAAAGGAAAAGGAGCUAGGGGAGUGCAACAGGCAGGGCAUUCCCGUACUGUGUCGGGCACACCUACAGCCGCUGCUUUGAAUCUUGUGGUGGCGCCUUUGAGCUCAGUGGAACAGCAGCACCUGCUCGCGGAGUUUGCAAAACUCCAUGAUAAAAUCGAAACAGUGCUGGAACCGAUUACUGUCAUGCCGACAAAACAUGAGCAGGAGAUUCAGGCACUGGGUCAAUGCAUGGAAGUGGUCGAGCAAAGGACCGUGGCGUCGGACUCUGUGAUGGAGAACUCCGAGGGGCGGAUCCAAACCUUGGAAGGCCAGGUUCGGGCCUUGCUGGAACAGGUCGACGACCUCACAGCUCGAGGAAUUGUCUCUUUCGUGCUCUUGGAGAUCAGCUUGAAGGUCAUUCUCGAAACCACCUAAAGCACCGGAGGGAAACAGUGGACUUCAUGAUAAAACAUCGUCAAGAUUUUGAACCGUUUGUAGAGGAUGAUGUCCCUUUUGAUCGAUAUGUUGCGAAUCUGGAAAAGCCAGGCACAUUUGUCGGCAACGAUGCAAUUGUCGCCUUCGCAAGGAACAACCAAGUGAAUAUUGUGAUUCACCAGCUUAAUGCCCCACUUUGGCAGGUUUUUGGAACCCGUAAGAGCAAUCCUGUAGAGUUGCAUAUUGCCUACAGAUAUGGGGAGCACUAUGACAGCGUACGCAUGCUCAAUGAUAAUUCAGAAGCACCUGCAAACCUAAAGACAGAGAUGCUUGUUAAAGAUGAUCCAAAGAAGAAAGAUCGAAACAAAAUGAGCCAUUACCAGAUGGAAGAUAUACGGGAUUUUGAAAGUGAGGUGACCAAGACUGAUUUGGAUGAUGCAAUUCAGAAAGUACGCAAUGCAACGGGGUGCAUGGAUACUGAUAUGAUUAUACAGAAUCUGGAGGCUGAAAACUACAACAUAGGGUCUGUAAUAUUCACCAUUUUGCAGACCAAUGAACUGAAGAAUAGCAAUAGUGAUGAAGAUUCCAACAAAACCGGUUCUAAUUGCAGCCCUCCGCACAUGUCACCCCUCUGGAUGGAGAAUGGAACUGCUAACAGGAUUUUUGGAAAUCACACUGUCAAUACUGAAGAGUUUGAAAACAAUAAGCGGCCCAAUGACGUAGAAGAAAACAAAAGAACCAGAAAUAAGGUAACGAACAAGCAGCGAAAAGAACAGCAAAGGUUGGAAAAGAAGAAACGACAGGAGGAACGACACCGACAGAAGGUCCUAGAGAGCAGGAGCAAUAAUAUGGAAGACAAUGGGACCAAUAGAGACUUUCAGGCACCAGUUACCUUAGUGAAAACAUUUACAACUUUAAAUAUUUGAUUUGUGGACAGCAACUGGCAAUCAUCUGACAUUGAAUGGUUACAUAAGUCUCCUGAGUAGGAGAUAACAUGGGAAAUGGAGAGGUUUUCUGAUGCUGCUCUCGAUUAAGAAAGUAUUUGAUUUCACAUCUUUUGAAGAACUUGUUUUCUUUGCAAACAUGAACAUGGGCAAAGGGGAAGAAAUGGCCUAAAGGUGGAAGCAGUGGAUUACUUGCAUUUUACAAAUGCAGUAAAUCUUCAUAGAGUAACAAGUCAAAAUUUAAAUAAGUUUUGCAAAAUGUAUAUGUGGAUGAACUAGCAGUAAAUGGAUUUACAGACAAGAAAGCUCUUUAAUAACUGCAAACAUGGGUUACAGGCUGGCUGUAUUAUAUUUUAAGUUAUCACACUCUUUACAUCUUUAAUGAUCAAUACUGGAGAUGAAAUAUGAGGCCCUUUCUUUAGAAACUACAUUAUAUACUGGCUUUGGCAUAUUGAACAUUUCUAAAAACAUCAUUGGUAUCGUGUUCCGGAAACACUGUGUUUUCCAAUGGGCAUCAGGUGGGGUAGGGCCAUAAACAUUAAUCGAAGUGAAGCUGUUCCUUUUUAAUCCUUACCAGGACUUUACUCUUUCAGUAAAGAGUGCGAAUAUGCUGCUAACCACCAAAAAUGAAGGUUCCUUUCCAAACAGAAUGUGCUAAGAACUUUAUCUGAGUAGGCUGAAUGGCUGUUAAUCUAGUAUAAGACAAGUGGAAGAAUUGCAACUUUUUAUUAACACCAGAUAUUCCUGUAUCUUAUUCAUUAAAGCUUUGUCAGAGAUAUUUUUAGAGGUGACUUAAGUUAAUUAAAUUCCUGAAUUUAUUUGUU